AUGGCAGGACCCGGCCAACCAAGCCCUUCGUCCGGCAGCUCGCGCUGGUACCGACCGGUGAAUGGCUUCCACCCUCACCCGCCUGCGCUCCGGCAUCGGCUCGGCGCCAAGCUGCUCGGUGGGACCAUGGUGUUCUGGAUUCUGUACCGCGCAAAGCAGGACGGCGCUGUCUUGUUGGGGUUGAAGCACCCAUGGGAUGGACACCAUGGCCACGAUGAUCAUGGGCACGGACACGAAGAGGGCCAUCACUGAAGCACUCAAGACGAACAAGAAAGCUCUGUUCAUGCCGUAUCGUGCUACCAGCAAUCACACAUUUCCAGACAGACGAGGCAGAUUGAUAUCCCAGUCGAAUGCUCAGGUCGAGGUCAGUGCGAUCCAAUGAGGGCAUAGCCUAGGAACACAGAAGAAGCGAGAGAGUGGGGGGAGCUUGCGACUGUGCAGAGCCAAAUGUAUUGGUGAGGUGAUGUCUAAUUACAAGUACAUGGUAAGUCAUC